AGUGUCAAUCGGUGUGGUGUCAAUCAGAGCGGCGGUUUCGCUUUCAUCUUUACCCCCACAGCCAUAGCAAGACGCAGAGCGGAGGAGGGGGGAGAAAGAGAGCUACAUUCACUGACACACUCAUAAGUGCUACAAUACUUAACGGAGAGGAGCUGCGGCUCAUAACUAAUUCUGUAAACAUCGAAAAUAUUUUAUUUUAAACUACUUUAUGACCUAGAUUUGCUUUAUGUUAUUUCACGUAAAGGAUGUAGAGUAUUUACUAAAGUAGGCUAGCCUCCGUAAGAUGAAAUAAAUGCAGACCACGGCGUACUUAACAGAGGAAGACGGGAUUCCAGAGUCGCUUGUGAAAACAAUCCAAUUAUUUAUUUAUCUUUAUUUUUACUUUGCUGUCUUUUCCCUUUUUCUUUCGCCGAGGAGACAUAUGAGCAUCCGGAGCAUCAAAUGGGAAAUAUUCUAAGUUUCACUUAUUGUAAUACGGUAUUGGCUUGUUGAUUUUUUACUGGGUCGCCGCAAAAAGAAACACCCGCAUGUUUCUCUAAUUUAUAAGGCAUAUACGAGUUACGUAUAAUUUUGGUGAUUUCUGAAGUUACAAGGCAGCGAACAGAAGAUUCUUGCACAAUGAAUGUGCUCUAACUUUGCCGCGAACAUUUCCGACUACUCAGGUGUGUCGGUUAUUCUUUUUUUCUGACUACUUUAAAAAUCCACAAUAGCCUACUUAAACAAUCAUAACACAGAGCUCUCCUGUUGCUCUAGUCAAAACAGAAGACGCGUGUUUGCAGCCAACUACAGACUGCUCACUCACGAAACGCUCCAAGUGUGCAAACAUUUCGUUUUCUGAAGUUUUCCUGUUCCUUUGGGGGAUUUAGAUUAUUAACAAAACUGUUAGAGGUGCCUUGUUUGAGCAACUUACAUUCAUUUGAACCAAAAUGCCACAGUUAGCUGGCGGAGGUGGCGGCGGGGAUCCAGAACUUUGCGCGACCGAUGAAAUGAUCCCUUUCAAAGACGAAGGAGAUCCACAUAAAGAGCAGAUAUUCGCCGAAAUAAGUCACUCGGAGGAAGAAGGGGAUUUGGCAGAUAUCAAGUCAUCUUUAGUGAACGAGUCGGAGACGAACUCAAGCAACAGCCAUGACGCUGAUAGACAGUCUCAAUUACCACAGGAUUCAUACCAUGAAAAACACAGGGACCAUCCCGACAAUGGGAAGCAUCAAGAUAUCUACAGCAAAGGACAUCCUUACCAAGGUUAUCCAGGCUACAUCAUGAUGUCCAACAUGAACAGUGACUCUUACAUGAACAAUGGCUCCAUUUCCCCACCAAUGCCCAGAAUGUCCAACAAGGUUCCCGUGGUCCAGCCGUCCCAUGCAGUCCACCCCCUGACCCCUCUGAUCACAUACAGCGAUGAACACUUUGCCCCCGGGCCCCAUUCAGGACACCACCCCCCAGAGAUGAACUCCAAACAAGGAAUGCACAGGCAUCACCCCGGCCCUGACAUGCCCAAUUUCUACCCCCUCUCUCCUGGCGGAGUGGGCCAGAUCACCCCACCACUGGGAUGGUUUCCUCAUCACAUGAUGCCCGGCCCCCCAGGUCCCCAUGCCACGGGCAUUCCCCACCCUGCCAUCGUCAACCCCCAGGUGAAGCAGGAACCCAACCACGACAGUGACCUCAUGCACAUGAAACCCCAGCACGAACAGAGAAAAGAGCAGGAGCCCAAAAGACCUCACAUCAAGAAGCCUCUCAACGCUUUCAUGUUGUACAUGAAAGAGAUGCGGGCCAACGUGGUGGCCGAGUGCACGCUGAAGGAGAGCGCCGCCAUCAACCAGAUACUGGGAAGGAGGUGGCACGCUUUAUCUCGCGAAGAGCAGGCCAAGUAUUAUGAAUUAGCCCGCAAGGAAAGGCAGCUUCACAUGCAGCUUUAUCCUGGCUGGUCCGCCAGAGACAAUUAUGGAAAGAAGAAGAAGCGGAAGAGGGAGAAGAUCCAGGAGGCGGCCACAGGUACCGGACAGAGAAUGAAAACAGCGUACAUCUGAACAGUGGAGCAAAAUGCUAUGGUUUCCCAUCACGCAAAGCGAAGGCAACCGCUACGGGCCCCCUUCCAGAGAUGGAAGCCUGCUAGAUCCCACACGACCACCAACCCGAGAGGACCCUCGCAAUCGACGACACGUUCCUCCUGUGGCCGUCGCCCUGGACACCCCGCGCUAAACAAAGACAGUCACAGCUAUAAAGACCCGUACUAGUGCACACACACGCACGAGCGAACACGUUCGCAGGAAAUGCUUUGUUUUUUUCUCGCAGUCACUGGUCCUCAUUGAGUACAGCCCCCGGAGUCUCUGUCCAGUCCGCAGGGCUGUUUGUGUGUUAUUCUAAGUCAUGUGACACCUCUGUCCUGUUGUUCGGUCCCACUGUGUCCCUCACGCCGCCCCGUCAGCCUCAUUCCCUCUGGACUUUUGAAAUCACGCCCAAGAAGCUCCGCCCAUCUCGGUUUCAGCUCUCGAGACCGUCGUGGGGAACACGGGAAUGUAUGUACUCUCAAGGAGACCCAAAACCCAAAAAUUACAUUUUAAAAGUCCACAUCGGUGCACAAAAUGAUCAUUGCCAAUGACAAGCUUUUAUUUUAGGUUCAAACGUUUUAAUGAUUUUUUUUUUUUUGUAUUUUUGAACUGUUUUUUUAUUGUUUCAUUGAUGUAUAUUUUCAGUUGUUGUUUUUGUUGUUAUUUUUUAUUUUUAUAUCAGAAUAUUUUAAAAUAAGCUUUGGAGAAAAGCUUUUCUUUUCGUUUUCCUGUCAAAUUGAAGCAUAAUUGCAGAAAUGAAAAAAGGGUCCUUUUGAAAACUAUUUGUAACAAAUAGUGACUUCUGAGUCUUCUGAAUAUAUGUACAAUAGAGUUCAGUAUGUGUACUUUUAAAAAAAUAAUAAACAUUUCAGAAUAUGUUGGUUACCUGUGUUUGUAUUUUUGCAGGUGAUGUUUGGACAAAGACAGGAAGUAGGUGUUCAGAAGCCUAUAUUUUGUUGUUAUAAACUGAAAAUGAAACAAAUAUAUAUAAAUAUAUAUUAACCCCAGCACUUGGCUGCCUUUAUUUUAUUGCAAUGUACAUCUUUUCUCUUUCUGGUAGUUAAUAGUGUGGUCCUUUUGCCAUGUUUAUUCCAUGCAAGCUUUUCUGUAAUGUCUUACUGAUUUAAUUACUGAUUAAUGCAUUUUUACCCUAUGUCUUAUUUUUGAAUCUCUGUCACCUUGGUACAGCACUUUGCUCCCAAGUCGUCACAUUUGAUAUGUGUUUAAACAUGUUUUGUUUUGUUUUUUUAAGAAAAAAUAAAAGAGGCAGCAUUGACUUGA